UGCGGGAGGCUGCAACAUGGCGGCAAUGGCAACCUGCGGCGCUGGUGCCGGGGGUACUGAGUCUAUGGCGGCGGCAGCCAGCAAGAGCAACGUCACCAGUUUCCAGAGGAGGGGUCCUAGAGCCAGCGGCACUGACAGCGGCGGCCCUCGACUGGUGUCCAUUGCAGGCACGCGACCGUCGGUACGGAAUGGACAGCUGCUGGUGUCAACCGGGCUGCCAGCCCUGGACCAGCUCUUAGGUGGAGGUUUGGCCGUUGGAACAGUUCUUCUAGUUGAAGAGGAUAAAUACAAUAUUUAUUCACCCCUGCUCUUCAAGUACUUCCUGGCCGAGGGAAUCAUCAACGGGCAUACUUUAUUGGUCGCAUCUGCUAAAGAAGGCCCCGCUGACAUUUUACAGGAACUUCCUGCACCAUUACUGGAUGACAGUUGUAAAAAAGAAUUUGAUGAAGAUGUUUGUAAUAAAAAACCAGAAUCUGAUAUUAAGAUGAAAAUAGCAUGGCGUUACCAGUUAUCACCUAAGAUGGAGGUUGGACCAGUGACAUCUUCAAGAUUUGGUCACUAUUAUGAUGUAUCAAAAAGGAUACCACGAGAACUAAUUGAGACUUCAAAAUGGCAUGGAUUUUUUCUUCCAGAAAAAAUGUCUUCAGCUGAUAAAGUAGAACGCUGUUCUUUGACCCCUGGCUACAUGAAGCUGCUUCAGUUUAUCCAGAACAUCAUUUAUGAGGAAGGAUUUGAUGGAUCCAAUCCUCAGAAAAAGCAGAGAAAUAUCUUAAGAAUAGGAAUUCAGAGUCUUGGCUCACCGUUAUGGGGAGAUGACGUUUGUUGCUCAGAAAACUGUGACAGCAUUCACAGCCUUAGCAAAUUCCUCUACAUUCUCCGCGGCCUGCUGCGAACCUCUCUUUCAGCCUGUAUCAUCACAAUGCCAACACAUCUUAUCCAGAAUAAAGCUAUUAUUGCUCGUGUUACAAACUUGUCAGAUACAGUUGUUGCCCUGGAAUCAUUUGUCGGUUCUGAGAGAGAAACCAACCCAUUGUAUAAGGAUUACCAUGGUUUGAUCCAUAUACGGCAGAUCCCUCGGCUUAAUAACUUGAUUUGUGAUGAAUCAGAUGUCAAAGACUUAGCUUUUAAAUUAAAAAGGAAGCUAUUCACCAUUGAGCGACUGCACUUGCCUCCAGACUUGUCAGAGACCGUGAGCCGCUCAAGCAAACAGGAUCUGGCAGAAUCCGCCAAGCUGCUGGGCCCGGGCUGUGGCACGAUGGCUGCAGGCAAGAAGCACCUGGACUUCUAGGGAUUCCUCCUUAGCCACUGCAUGCAGAAUGCUAUGACACUCUAAUUAUGAUUGCUAAUGGCUUAUGUAAAUAUUUUUCUUAAUGACAUGACCCUCCAGUCCUUGGAAAACAUAGUUAGGACUGUAAAAAUGGGGCCGCCAUUCUUCAUUUUUUAAACCAAUUUUUUAUACAGAAACAAUAUAGAAUAAAUACUUUUAUUUUGCAUUUUGCUUUAUGUGUUAUUUAGAGAAAACAGAUACUUCUAUUUUAAAAUUUAAAUAAAAGAUAAAAUUCAAGAAGCCUUACUGGGGUUAGUAGUGUAUUUGAUUUACUUGGUAUCAUGAAAAAAGGGCAGGAGU